AGGAAGAUGUUUGUUGGUGGCCUCAGUUGGGAUACAAGCAAAAAAGACUUGAAAGAUUACUUCACCAAAUUUGGUGAGGUAACCGACUGUACGAUAAAGAUGGACCCUAACACAGGAAGAUCCAGAGGUUUUGGAUUUAUUCUCUUCAAAGAACCUGGGAGUGUUGAGAAGGUUCUGGAACAGAAAGAACACAGACUAGAUGGACGACUAAUUGAUCCCAAGAAGGCCAUGGCAAUGAAAAAGGAUCCAGUGAAGAAAAUAUUUGUUGGUGGACUAAACCCAGAAGCCACAGAAGAGAAAAUCAGGGAAUACUUUGGAGAGUUUGGAGAGAUUGAAGCAAUUGAACUGCCAAUGGAUCCAAAGACCAACAAAAGGAGGGGAUUUGUGUUCAUCACUUUCAAGGAAGAGGAUCCAGUGAAGAAGGUUUUGGAGAAGAAAUUCCAUAACGUCAGUGGAAGCAAGUGUGAGAUUAAAGUAGCACAGCCAAAAGAAGUGUACCAGCAGCAACAGUUCAGUAGUGGUGGAGGAAGAGGUAGCUAUGGAGGAAGAGGCAGAGGUGGAAGAGGCGGCGCUCAAAGUCAAAAUUGGAAUCAAGGUUAUGGCAAUUACUGGAACCAGGGUUAUGGGAAUCAAGGAUACGGCUAUCAGCAAGGUUAUGGUGGCUAUGGAGGCUAUGAUUAUUCAGGAUAUGGGUAUUAUGGAUAUGGACCAGGCUAUGAUUACAGUCAAGGCAGUGCAAAUUAUGGGAAGACACCAAGACGUGGUGGUCAUCAGAAUAACUACAAGCCAUAUUGAUCAAACUUAUUCAGAAGAAGCUUGCUUAGGACUGUGCCCCCCAGCCCAGCAGAAGCAAUGCAUCGGUACAUUUAAUUUUGAGAAUAACUGUCAAGUCAGAAGACCAAUCAGACAAGAAACUAAUACAGCGAAUAUUUACAUUACUGUUUUGUGGUCCAAGGUCUUACAAAUAGAAUAAAACCCUUCUUAAAUAAAGCACUAGUUUCAGUUCCCAGGUAGAAAACUUGCAGAACCAAACCCAUGGUUUUGUCAGUAUCUAGUCAUCCACACCAGACUGAAAAUGGUUGUUGAUAAGAAUGUGUUUACUUGUCUGUAUAUACCUAGUAAAGCCCCAGUAUCAAUUCUAAUGUACCCAACUUACCC